AAUUUUUAUAGAAGUGUAUCUUAUACACAUCGUAUUCUACAUAAUUUUAGAAUAGUUGUAUCGCUUAUUGUGAUAUGUAAAAUAUUUGUGCAUCAUAGAUAAUGAAACUAUCUUGGUGGACUUAUUUUACCAUAUAACAUUCUAUGAAGUAGUGUGAUAGGAGACCCGCAGUUAAACAGGUCUAUGUUAGGAGGGGAAAGGGAGGCAGUUAGUUAGUUUUUAAUAACUAACUGAUAACAGGCUGUAGGGAUUGAUAUAUUGUAUAAAUAGGAUAACAUAAGGGGGAGAGGGGUGUGGAACAAUAUUGUAAUCUGGGGAGAGUGGGCACUCUCGAAUUUGCCUAGUGUACUGAAUUUCGAUUGAAUGUUAGCGUGGCUCGGCAAGGGGGUCAAUAAGAAACCUUGCAAACAUUCUUUUUUUUGGGGUUUCAUCCCUUCACUUCUCUCUUUUUACCAGUUGAUUCUAUCAACUGGUAUCAGAGCUGGUACGAACCUGAGGCGAUCAAGGAUGGAAAAGAAAAUGGAGUUCCGGUUGGAGCAGGUGGAAAAGGGCUUGCAGGACAUACAGAAACGCGCGGCGGAGGAAACUGAAUGGCGGCGUAACAUCAAGGGGGCGAUGCGCGAGAUGCUGGAGCAGUUGAAGGAAAUGCGAGCAACUAUGGGGACAGUGGGAGGUAACGGUCGUGAAGGGGACGAAGAGUCUGGGGACCCAAGAACGAAAAAGAAUGGGUGGAAGUGGCGAAACCUGGAACUUCCGCUGUUCCAGGGGGAUGACGUGUUGGGGUGGGUCGAAAAGAUGGAGAGAUAUUUCAGAUUGAAGGGGGUAUGGGAGGACGAGAAGGUGGAGGUUGUUAUGGUGGCGUUGCAAGGGAAGGCGGUGGCGUGGUUUCAAUGGUGGGAAGGCAGAAAUCAAAAUGCUUCGUGGACGGGUUUCAAAGGGGCAUUGUUGAGACGAUUUCAGCCUGAGGUGGUACAGAACCCAUUCGAGGUGUUGUUGGGCCUUAAGCAAGAAGGGAGUGUGGCGGAUUACAGGGAGCAGUUCGAGGCCAAUUCUGGGCCUCUCCGGAUUGGGGAUACCAAUUAUUUGAAGGGCAUUUUCUUGAAUGGUCUCAAGGAGGAGGUUAAGGCGGAAUUGAGGUUGCAUCGACUCAAUUCAUUGGAAGAAAUUAUGGAUUUGGCUCUAUUGAUAGAAUCCCGAAAUUCGAUCUUAAGGAAGGAGGUGGGGGGAUCGUUGUCCACCACUAACAGAGGGGGAUGGAACAAGAACCUCUAUGGCAGUCGGAGGGACGAAGAGAAGAAGAAUCAUGAUGAACCCAGGGAGACGAAAGGGGAGGAUAAUCAAAAGGGGGAAGGAAAGACAAAUUGGCGGUGGAUGACUGAUGCGGAGUACCAAGAAAGGUGGAGAAGGGGAAUCUGUUUCCGAUGUGAAGAGAAGUAUUCACCGGGACAUGUGUGCAAAAACAAGCAAAUCCGAAUAAUGUUGGAGGAGGGAGAGACAGAGGAGGAUGAAGAGGAGGAAAUCCAAUGGGGUGGUAAGCCGUCCACCACGACAUUAGAUUUUCGGAGUAUGGUGGGAAUGACCUCAAAACAUUCGUUCAAAUGCUGGGGAAAGAUAGGUGAUAAUUCAUUUUUGGUCUUGGUGGAUUGUGGGGCUUCUCACAACUUCAUUGCUGAUUCAGUGGUAAGGAAACUAGGGUUGGUGGCAGAGAAAACAGAACCAUAUUGGGUGAAGGUAGGGGAUGGUCAUAGUGUGAAGGCGCAGGAGUUGUGUGCAGGGUUGGCAAUAGAAGUACAGGGGUCCUCUUGGAGGCAAAAUUUCUACCUGUUUGCCUUGGAUGGGGUUGACGUGAUAUUAGGGAUGGAAUGGUUGAGGGGGCUGGGAGAAAUUAAGGUUAAUUUUGACAAAUUAACCUUAAAAGGCAGAGUGGGAGGAGAAGUCUAUCAAAUCAAGGGUGACUCUUCCUUGAGUGUGUCGGAAGCACCAUUGAAAGGCACCCUCAGGCAAUUGAAGGAGGAGGAGGAAAUAUUUUGGGUGGAAUGUCGUGUGGCUGAAACUGAGCCAGAGGAAAAGAUGUUAGCAGUGCCCGACAACAUUAACCAACUACUGGAGGAGUUUGAAGAGGUUUUCAGGGAACCCCAGGGACUGCCCCCAUCAAGAAGGCAGGACCAUGCUAUCAAUUUGAAGGAGGGGGCAGAGAUUCCUAACCUCAGACCAUAUAGGUAUCCCUAUUACCAAAAAAAUGAGAUUGAAAAAUUGGUGCAGGAUAUGUUGCGGACAGGGGUUAUCAGGCCUAGCAUCAGCCCCUAUGCUAGUCCUAUAAUUUUGGUUAAAAAGAAAGAUGGAAGCUGGAGGUUUUGUGUAGAUUACAGGGCGUUGAACAAGGUAACCAUACCAGAUAAAUUUCCAAUUCCAGUUAUUGAUGAGCUUUUGGAUGAACUGACUGGGACCACCAUAUUUUCCAAAUUGGACUUGAAAUCUGGUUAUCACCAAAUUCGGAUGAGAGCGGAGGACAUUCACAAGACUGCUUUUAGAACUCACGAGGGGCACUAUGAAUACUUGGUAAUGCCGUUGGCCUUACUAAUGCACCCUCAACAUUUCAGGGGUUAAUGAAUGAAGUAUUGAGGCCAAUUU